UCUUGUUUGCUUACACCGAGCCUGUUCAGUGGGGAAUUAUCUUGUUAAGAUCUAAUCGUAUACAGUGUAUGUGUGGUGUAAAUAUAUGGCCAUUUAAAAUUCAAAUACAGAGUAUGGAGGUCAUUGUAGGAACCUUCUGUGCCUCAGCAAGUGUGAAUGAGUUAUCAGACUGCUUUCAUUCUUUCCUCACUGUUCACAUUACUAUUUGCAGCUGGGAGCUACGCCAUAAGUUACCUUUAUAUUAGCAUUGAAAAUUCCAAGGCUUUAAAAACAUAAUAUUUCUUCUUUUACUCCCAGUUUUAUUUGUAGGCUGUAAAAAGAUACAAUGUGUCUGUUGAUCAGAAACUUGUUGAGACAUUAGAAAUUUGUUAAGCCAGGAAAAAAUCCUCAAAAUUAUGAACAUGGUGAAAAAUAAAGAAGUGAGCAUUGAAGGAGCUUUGCAUUUGGCACAGAAAGAGGUGUAUGCUGAAAAGGAUUCACGGGAUUUGCUAACUGGCUCACAAUUUAACUUCAUUAUCUACAAAUACAAACACUAUCGGUGGCAGAAACGAAUUUUGCAGAUUGAUUUCAACACAAAGACCAUUUUUAACAUUGAAAAAGGAAUUAUUAAGAAACAGUUCCCUUUCUCACAAGUCAAAGCCUGUGAAGAUACUGAAAGGAGGCGCUUCAGCAUUGUGUUUCACGGGCGACAAGAUUAUGAGCUGGAAGCAGUGUCUCUUGAUGAUAAAAGGAAGAUAACAUACCUUCUGAGCAGAGUUAUACAGAGCAAUUCGUACAAGAGACCAGCAGAGUCCUGCUCUGGAAGACCUGCAGAAUGUGACGUGAUACACGAAGGACUGCUGGAUUUGCAGCAAGACACUUUUACAUCCACUGAAUGGGUGAAGUACUUGGUACAACUACGUGAAGGAGAAUUGACUUUGUAUUGCAUAGAUCUGGGAGGAAAUAACAAGACUGCAGACCCUGUAACAAAUACAAUUAAUUUAUCAGGUGGUAAUGUGAGUGUCAGCAAGGAGAAUGGAUGCCGUAUCUUUUCAGUCCAGACCAAAGAACACAAUUAUUUGUUUCGAAUACCCUUUACUGUCCAAAAUAACAGGACAGAGGAUGUUAGCAAGCUCCAGAAUGAAUGGGUGUCUCUCAUAGAAAAGUACUGUCCACUGUGCAAGGGUGCCUCACUGCCUCAGGAGGGAUCUCAAGGAUGCACCUCCUCUGAAGCUGAUUAUGAGGAUUUAAUUGUGCCUCUGAACGAACAGAAAGAGGAGAUCCUCCACUCUGAUGUGAGUUCUGCAACAACCAGUCUGAAAAAGUCUUCAAGCCCCCAGACAAACCCUGCAGAGGCAGACACAGCCCCAGCAUCACCAUCUCUUCCACUUCCCUUAAGUAAGGCAGAGGUACCACCAGCCCCACCUGGAUUCCCACAGCCCUGCAGUCUCUCUCCAUUGACGAAGAGAACCAAAGCCUUUCACUGGGAUAUUGUUCCUUGUGAUAAGAUUCAAAAGUCUGUCUGGGGAUCAUGUGAUCCGUGCAAGAAAAAAAUAGACAUAUCCAGACUCUGUGAUCAGUUCCAGAUCCAGGACAUGGCAGUGUUUUCAGGCAAUGAACCUUCAGUGAAUCAGCACAUCAUGUUAGACCGAAAAAUUGCACAUAACUUCAAUAUUUUUCUUAAAAGUUUCCGUAUAAAACCAAGUGAGCUGAAAGAAAAAUUAUAUAUUAUACAUGAAGAGAGUGGUGGACUUACAGAUGAGCAGAUAACAGCACUAAGAAGAUACUUGCCAACACCAAAGGACGCAGAAAGGUACCAGUCAUUCAAGGGGUCUCCUUCAGAGCUGCAUGUGGUUGAUCAGUUUAUGUUGGAGAUGUGUAAAAUCCCCCACUUGGGCCAGAGGUUGGAUCUCCUGCUUACCAUACGUGAGCUCCCUGUGAGCAUGAGAGAUUUGGAGCCUCUAAUAAAUCAGAAAAUCCAAGCGAGUAAGCAGCUGCAAUCCAGCCAGAAAUUUGUCGCUGUCUUGGAGUAUAUUUUAGCCAUUGGGAACCAUUUAAAUGAAAAGGCUGGAAAAGAGAAGGCUAAAGGAUUUCGAUUGUCAUCUUUGACCAAAUUACCUCUGUUGCGAGGUAAGGAGAGGACGUUCACCUUGCUUCAUGCCCUUGUGGAGCAGAUCUUCUUACACGAGCCUGAUUUGGCUAAAUUUUCUCAGGAGUUGACAGAAUUUGAAGCUGUUCCUGAUGCUUCCAUGAAAGGCCUCAGUGCUGAAGUUGAUGUUUUAAAAAGAGAAUUGGAAAAUGUUAUUCAGUGCAGGCGGCUUAUUAAACUCAAGACAAUCAAGGCAACACCCCAGGAGUCACAGUUCUGCAAGGAACUAAAGGAUUUAAUUCAGAAAUAUGAAGGGGAUCUAUCCCAGCUGUCAAAAAGAUGUGAUGAAAUGAAGAAGCUUUAUAGCAACAUAUUGGUAAAAUUUGGGGAGCCUCAAGACCUAGACUCUCAGGAGCUAUUUGGAUGGAUAUCUUCAUUCAUUAGUGGAUUUAGGAAGGCCUGUGCUGAAGUUAUGCCAUAA